UUUAAAUUUAAUAAAUAAAAUUUUACUGACAGGUGACAUUCCACCGUCAUGGCGAAGUCAAAUAGUAUUGCCAUUUUUAAAGCCGUCUAAGGUACAAUCUGAUAUCAAAUCAUAUCGUCCGAUAGUUUUGUCAUCGGUGAUCACAAAAGUUGUUGAACAUUUAAUUAAAAAUCGGCUUGAAUGGUAUAUAGAAAAUAACGAAUAUCUGUCCCAAACUCAGUUUGGAUUUCGAAAAGGUAAAAGUGUGGGGGACAAUUUAGGCAUAUUAGUUACGGAUAUUCGUAAUGCUUUCUCAGAUAAAAAGUCAGUAGUUGCUGCUUUUUUGGAUAUUAAUUCGGCUUAUGAUAACGUUCUAUUACAUAUUCUAAAAAGUAAAUUAGAUAAAUUAAAGGUUCCCUAUUUUUUAACUAAUUCCAUUGUAAAUCUUCUUUCGGAGAGGAAAAUUAUUUUAGAUGUUGGCGGCCCUUAUAAGCCUAGUAGGCUGGUAUGGAGAGGUUUGCCACAGGGGUCUGUUCUGAGUCCUUUAUUGUACAAUAUUUAUACAUAUGAUCUAGAAGGUUCAGUCGGAGAUUCAGCAAGUUUAUUACAGUAUGCCGAUGACUUGGUUAUUUAUGCCUCUGAUAUGUCUGUAAGUACUGCUGAACGAUAUGUUUCCUCCUCUUUAUCUUUGCUAAAAAUCUGGAUGGAUGCAAAUGGCCUUGAUCUGUCUCCCUCAAAAAGUACUGUUGUACUUUUCACCAAAUCCCGUACUCCUUGCUCACUUAAUAUAACAUAUGAUGGGGAUAUAUUACCCAUUAGGAAUCAAGUUAAGUUCUUAGGAGCUAUUCUUGAUUCUAAACUAACGGGUCAACCACACUGCGAAUUUGUGGUUAGUAAAUGUGAGCGAAACUUGAACAUGCUGAGAUGUCUCGGUGGGGUUUGGUGGGGUGCUCACCCGGCUACACUGAGGUUGGUGUAUAAUGCUGUCAUUAGAAGUGUACUGGAUUUUGGGACCUUUUUCUUAGACCCAGGUAAUGUGGCUGGCUUUAGAAAACUAGAUCUCAUACAGUCUAGGGCUUUGAGGAUUGUUUCUGGUGCCAUGAAAUCGAGUCCGGUUAAUGCUCUGCAAAUAGAAUGUUGUGACCCUCCUUUAAACUUAAGACGUCAAUAUCUGUCCGAUAGAUUCAUUUUUAGAAUUGUUCAGUUCCAUAAUCAUCCCCUCAUUUCGAAACUAGAGUUUCUUUCUAAAAAAGUACCCUCUUCACAUAAACCUUUACCUUGUCUGUUAAAAAGUUUCCUGAAAUUCAAACAAUUACAAGCCCCAACUCAUUCUUUUCAGGUGCUUCCUUUAUUUGGCGCUUCUUAUGAUUCUCUCUUACUUUCUCCAGUGAUUUGCUUUUCUCUUGGCAUUGAAAAAUCUGAUUUUAAUGCCAAUGAAAAUUUUAAUUGCAAUGUCAAUAGUAAAUGGCCUAACUGGCAUCAAAUUUAUACAGAUGCAUCUAAACACUCCAGUGGGUGUGUUGGUGUUGGAGUGUAUCACAAACAGUACAACAUAGUUCAGAAAAUUAAAUUACCUCCGGAAUCAUCGGUCUUUACCGGUGAAUGUUUUGGACUAUUAAAAGCUCUUGAAUAUGUGCUGUCUUUCAAACUAAAAAAAACCGUUGUAUUUACUGAUUCCUUAAGUGCAUUACAGAGCUUAGCAAAAUUUUCACUAAAACUUAACCCUUUUUUUCAUGUAAUAUUUGAAUGUAAGAGAAAGCUGUUGCACUGCCAAUCACACAACUAUUUAGUAUCAUUUUGUUGGGUACCUAGUCACUGUGGCAUAUCUGGAAAUGUGAAAGCUGACAGUUUGGCCAACAGUGCUACUGUGACCGGUGACGUAUACCCGUACAAGAAUUUUGGCCAUGAUCUUGCUGCUUUGCCCGGCAUAUGCCUCCACAAAUCGUGGAAUAUGUGUUGGGAAGAGAGCGGCCGGAUUAAGGGUCGUUUCUUGUAUGCUAUACAGUCUUCCGUUCCCAGGAAGCCAUGGUUUGCCAAAUUGUCGUUUGGUAAAACCGCCACUUCUACUAUAAUUCGUAUGCGUCUGGGACAUAACAGCCUUCCAGUUCAUUUGCACAAACUUGGUAUCGUAACUAGUACCGCCUCUAAGCAAAAUUGUGAGACAUGUAAGAAAUUGGAACAGCAUGUAGAAAGUUUACAAGAAGACUUUAAGAAACACUUAAAUGCUAUGAGCGUUAAGACUGUAAAUAGUCAUUUAGCUAGACUUUACAAUCCUUCAAAAGAACCAGCACUUAUAUUUUAUCGACAUGGUGUUGCACUUUUAUACAGUGGUGAGGCUGAUGAAAAUGAAAUCUAUGGCUUUUUUGAGAAGAAUCAAACACCAGCUGUAAAAGAGCUAACAGAUAAAAUAUUUGAGCAUUUGACACAAGCAGCUACUGGUGCAACAACAGGAGAUUGGUUUGUCAUGUUUUAUGGGGCAGCUUGUGUUGAAUGCCAAAGGCUACAUGCUGUUUGGGAAAGUGUUGGAGCAACAUUAAAGAGCAGAAUAAAUGUUGCUCGCAUUGAUGCAAGUUUAGCUGGUGUCAACACUGCUAAAAGAUUUCAUGUUGGAAAAUUGCCAGCAUUCCUUCUGUUUCGCCUUGGCAAAGUGUACAGAUAUGACUUGCCAAAAAAUGAUGUGAAAUCUUUUGUUGCAUUUGCUCAAGAUUGGUAUAAAAACUCUAAAGGAGAACCUGUUGCAGUUCUUGCCUCACCAUUUGAUGAUGUGGUGAAUUGGUGUGUAGAAAUGCUGAAAUGGGGAAUAGCAUUCGGUCUCAAUAUACUCACAGAACACCCAUGGAUAUGGCAAAUAGGAAUAGCUGGUUUUGGAUUGGUAGCUUUGACAGCUUUAAUUGCAAUUAUUAAAGCAGGAAGAUCAAAGCCACUAAAGGAAACAAAAAAAGAUAAGAAACGUAAAUAAGAAAACCUAUUUUUUUGUGAAAUAAUUCUUAAUGCAUUUAAAAAGUCAUGUGUUUGAUAACUUUUCCGUCCUGUUUGUAAGGUAAAAAAAACAGUACAAAUAUGUGGGUUUAUUUUUUUUAUUAAAGAAGCGCAGGUGCUAUUGUAAAAUUGUUUAAAAUUUUUUGUUUGUAAGGAUGUAUGUAUAUUUAAGAUUUAUUCAAAUUUUAUAUUUUAACAAAUACAACAAAUAAAUAUUUUUCAGAAUA